AGCUUUCACAUCCUCAAAAAGUGCAACUUCUAAAACGUUCUCGUGUGGUUGUGAGUGAGGGUGUGAUGCUUGCCUGCCCCCGUGACAAAUCCCUGACGCCUUCAUCCGGGGCUCUUUCACCAGAACACUCUCCAACAUGGCGGCGUCAGCUAAGAAGAAUAAGAAGAAGGGGAAGACCCUGACCCUGACUGAUUUCCUUGCGAAUGAUAGCAGUGGCAGUGCACCCCCCAGUUACCCCAGCACAAAGACCACUAGCUGGGCAGACGAGACUGAUGACUUGGAUGGAGAUGUCUCAACUUCCUGGCAUACUGUGGAGGAUUCAUAUCGAGCUCCUCCCAUUGAUCGCUCCAUCCUGCCUACUGCGCCUCGUGCAGCAAGGGAGCCGAACAUUGACCGCUCUCGGCUGCCACGCGGCCCGCCCUACACUGCCUUCCUCGGUAACCUUCCCUACGACGUCAGUGAGGAAUCCAUCAAAGACUUCUUCAGGGGACUUGCGAUCAGUGCUGUGCGUUUGCCACGGGAGCCUAAUAACCCAGAAAGGCUUAAAGGUUUUGGUUAUGCUGAAUUUGAUGAUGUUGACUCAAUCUUGCGUGCUCUCAGUCUAAAUGAGGAGAAUCUUGGGAACAGGCGGAUCCGUGUGGAUAUUGCAGAUCAGUCCAAUGACAAAGAGAGGGAUGGUGGAUCAAUGUCAGGGCGAGACCGGGAUAGAGAUCGUGGUCGUAUGAUGGAUGGUGGCCCUGAUAAGACGGAUUCUGAUUGGAGGGCACGGCCAAGUGGAGAGCAAGAUGAUGGACCACGCAAAGACGACGGAUAUGGAGAUAGGUCACGUGACCGCUAUGAGUCUGACCGUUUCAGAGAUGCUCCAAGGCGUGAUGAUCGUUUUGACAGCGGUCGAGAUCGCUUUAGUGGUAGAGAUCGCUACGAUGACCGAGGUAGCAGAGACUACGAUCGUGGAGGUUAUGAUUCACGUGGUGGAGGUCGACGAGGAUUCAGCAGUGGCUUCAGACGAGACUAUGAAGGAGAUCGCUACGGAGAUCGAGAAGAGCGUUCAGACAGGAGGGAUGAUGGAAGAGAAGCCCCUCAACAGAGGCCCAAGUUAAACCUGAAGCCACGGAGCAUCCCAAAAGAGGAGGAACAGAGUGGAAGCUUGUCCCCCCAGAGCAGCACAACAAAUUCCAGCAGGACUUCCUCUAUAUUUGGGGCAGCCAAACCUGUGGAUACGGCUGCCAAGGAAAGAGAGGUGGAGGAGAGGCUGAAGAAAGAACAAGAACGACUCCAGAAACAGAUGGAGGAGGACAAGAACAGGGCCUCAGAGAGACGGCCACGAGACCGAGACCCAAGUUGGAGAAGUGAAGAGCCAUACAAAGAGAGGCAACGCGCAGGAAGUGGAUCUUCACAACCGAAAGGAUCUAGGUCUCAAGAUGGUGAACAUUCAGAGAAUGAAGUCUUCAGUGGCCAGGAGGAUGAGCCGAUCUCUCCUGCAUGUCAAUCACCCUCUUCCAAUCAAGGAGGGCUCCCACUGAAAGUAAUGCCAGCCCCUCCCCCUAAAGAAAAUGUCUGGGCUAAACGCAGCACAGGGGGAAGUGCUAAUGAGAAGGAAGGACCACCCUCAGCUGCCCCCAGCAUCAGAAGUGCUCCCAAACCUAACAGGUCACCAGAGGAGACUGUGUUGGACAAGGAUGAAAACCGGGUUGAUGGGGUUCGAAGAGAUAAAGUUAUGCCUCAGGGAAGAGGAGGAGGAAUUGGGAGAGGAGGAGGGGGGCGGGGACGAGGGGUUGACUGCACAAACAAAGACAAACGGAGAGAACCCGCAGACAGGAAGGAGGUCAGACGGGACAAAGAUCCCAGAAUAGCCUCAGAACCAAAGAAAUAUGAAGAGAGUGCACCUCCUCAAUUUAGCUCAGCGAGUAAGUAUGCUGCCCUACUAAUGGAUGGAGACCAGGGAGAAGAUGAAGGUGGAGAGGAAUGAGCAAUUAGGAAGGAUCAACUAACUACAGAAACACAGAAUGGAAGAAAAAGAGCAACUGAAUGAUCAAAUGAGGGGUUAAAUUAGAAUUCCCUCAUGAUGAUGGAGUGGCGUAACUUAAGGGGAUGAUGGCUAAGGUACCCACAAUGCUGUUCUGUGUCAUGUUUAUGGAAAUGUAUACAAGUAUUCCCAAAACUGGUCCAUUUUAAUUAAAAAAUAAAAUAAAAACAAAUCAGUGCAGUAAGUAGAUAAAUGCAUUCAUGUAGACAUUUAAAAAUCAUUGUUAACUUGAAAGUCAUUGUUAUAAAUAAAAAAAAGUAUGUAAAAUACUAUAAA